UCGAGCAUAUUAGAAAAACACGAAACAUUUCGAAGACAACAUGGCGCUUGGUGGUUUCAGUCGUCUUUUCCGUUCAUGUGGACAAAAAGUUAUUGGUUUCAUGGGGAUGUUUGGCAGCCUGAGAUAUCUAUCUCAGACCAACUGCAUGAGAGACAUCCAGCGACAGAUCAGUGAUGUGGAGGACCUAAAUAUAACGACAAACGACCAGGUCAAGCAUGCCUUUUCCUGGAUUGGCAAUAAGGCUCCGUGUUUUGGUAUUAAUGGCCACCAAGUACAGGUCCUACAGCAACCAGAUCAGUUUUAUGAAACUUUAAAGGUGAGAGUGAAGCAGGCUAAGAAAAGAGUGGUGCUUGCCUCCCUUUACUUGGGAACUGGAGUGUUGGAACAGGAAUUGGUAGACAACAUACGUGAGGCCUGUAUUGAAGCCAAAAAGAAUAAAGAUGAAGACUUUGAGGUUCAUGUACUGUUAGACUUUGUGCGUGGUUCACGAGGACAUGACAGUUCAUCCAGAACAAUGUUGACACCACUUUUAAAAGAAUUUGAAGGAAUGAUUCAUGUACACCUUUUUCACUCCCCAAACCUUCGAGGUCUGGUGCGCUCAUUACUGCCACAACGGUUUGAUGAAAUUGUAGGACUGCACCACAUGAAAAUGUAUUUGUUCGAUGACAGUUUCAUCAUCAGUGGCGCCAACCUGAGUGAGUCCUACUUCACAGAUAGACAGGAUCGCUACAUCCUGUUUAACGAGUGUGUGGAAAUGGCCGACUUCUUCUCUGCCCUAGUAAAGGGUGUGGCAGCCUGCUCAUUUGUCCUCCACUCAGACAACACUGUCACACUCUCACCAUACUGCAAGGCACACCCUUUUGAUGACAAGGAUGAUGGUGUUGAAUACAAGAAAGAGGCCCGCCAGAGAAUUCUAGAUAUUGUGAGGAAUAAGAGGAAUGAGGGACAACUGACUAGGGAUGGUGUGGACACCUGGGUAUACCCUCUGGUACAGAUGGGACCUCUAGGGAUUCAAGAUGAUGAACAAGUCAUGAAACACAUGUUAAGAAAAGCCAAGAAAGAGGAAAAGUUACUGCUGGCAUCAGGAUACUUUAACUUGACAGAAGAUUAUAUGCAGAUUAUUCUGCAAGAGACAGAUGCUCAAUUUGACAUUUUAAUGUCAUCACCAGAGACAAAUGGAUUCUUCGGUGCAAAAGGUGUGUCUGGGGCUGUGCCCUUUUUGUACGUGCAGACUGCCAAGGAGUUUUACAACAGGAUCUGUCAGGGUGACCAAGAGGCAAGGAUACAGCUGCAGGAGUACUUCCAUGAAACCUGGUCUUUCCAUGUGAAGGGGUUGUGGUACUACUUCAGUGACUCCAAAGGACCUGCCAUGACCAUAAUUGGCUCCAGCAACUUUGGUCACAGAUCUGUGUACAGAGACUUGGAAUGCCAGGCAGUAGUGGUAACAAACAACACUAGUCUUCAGAACCAACUCAAAAAGGAGCAUGAGGAUUUAUACCAGAGAUCAUCUCCCAUGACAGAAGACACAUUCAAACAGUUGAACCGUUAUGUACCAUUGUGGGUGAAAUUUGUAACCAGGACAUGCCGCACAUUUUUCUGAGCAGAAAUUGAAGAAGAAUAAUACUGCCAUGAUUUGAUAUAUAUAUUUUGAUCUGAAAUACCUUCCUUUGGAUGUCAGGUUUUUUUAAAAGUUGGUGCUAUAAUGCAAGUGUAGAUGUAAAUAUGAUGUAAACACAACCAUAUUCAAGUGCAUGUUAAAUUUUUAACUUUUAAACAAAGUUCCUUGUA